GAGCGCGCAGCCAAUCGGAGAGCGCACUCUGCCGAGUCGCGGCCAAUGGGCGCCGCCCUUUUAUUUACACAGAGACCGGCUCGGCCAAUCAGKAGUCCCCGGGGCGCAUGAGCGUGACCCCGCCCCUUCGACCAAUGGCUGAGGGCGGCUCGGAGUUUUGGGGGAGUGCAUAUAAUCAACACAUUAAGGUGCUCCUCAGAUAUUCAUCCGGUCAGUGUUUCGAGGUGUAGCUCAAAUACACCUCUUCGUCCUGGUUUUCCUCUCCAAGCUCGGUGGAGGACAGUUGGUAAAAAUGCCGAAGAGAAAGAGCUGGAGGUUUGGACGAAAAUAGCGGUGGCACGAUAUUAUGUUUGUGGCGACGUCGAGGCAGUCUCCCGAGAGUGCUGAGGGCAAGGAAGCCCCCAAAGUCACAAAACAAGAGCCCACCAGAAGGUCGGAGAGAUUGUCAGCG